CGACCAUGUCUCGCCACCGCGCGCAGCAGGAAGGGCAGCUCUGGACCGCGCUCCGUGCGAUCCAAGCGAUCUGCGGUUUCGCCACCUUGCUGAGUCUCUUCACGGCCUACAAAGAUAUCACGCUGAGCGGCGUCGCGGACGACGACACGUACCGACCGGCGCAGCUCCGGCACUUUUUCCUCGCGAUGGCCGCGUACACGUCGUUCGGAUACGGCGUCUUGUACUUGAUCUGCGUCCCGCUCUCGGGCCGUCUUGUACCAGACGUGCUCUUGGAGCGGCUCGUGGACGGCGUUCUUGCCGGUGUCUACUUGAUCGUUGGUAUCCUUCUCGCACCCAAGAUGAACUGCGGCCUCGGCAUGUACUGUACGUGCACAAGUGUGCAAGCCAUGGUCGUCUUCGCCUUCUUCAACUGUGCCUUGAGCGUCAUUGCAGUCGGAAUGAGCUUGGUGCUGAAAACGCUGCCUGCGCACCCUGACAGUAUCGAGAACCUCGUGCCCCGGGGCCAUUACGGCCGAGCGCCAUCGCCUGCCGAGGGCGAUGCACCGCGACCCCGACACAAGAAGAAGCCGUCGUUGCGUGUUGACGACGACAACACGGACAACAUUGCACCGAGAGGCAAGUUUGGCAGCGUUCGCGGCUCGAAUUUGGCCGACCUCAUGAAGCUCCAGCGCCAGGACGAACCCGCGCCAGCCUCGACCGAGCACCGCGUCAACUAUUUCGUCUAACGAGACUCGUGUUUAAUUAUUACCUCGAUGACGCACACGAGGUGAGCUUACGCAGACCUGCAACUGAG